UCUGCAGUAGGGAGGCCAUUUUGUCCAUCAUAUAAAUACCACACUGUAGAUGCUGCAAAGUUAGAUCAGUUUCUCAUCUAACUGUGAGCUCAAAAUGGGAAAGAUCAUCUUUUACGAGGACAGGAACUUCCAGGGUCGGCACUAUGAGUGCAGCAGUGACUGUGCCGACCUGACCCCUUACUUCAGCCGCUGUAACUCCAUCCGUGUUGAGAGUGACUGGUGGGUGCUGUAUGAGAAACCCAAUUACAUGGGAUACCAGUAUGUUCUGACCAGGGGAGACUAUCCUGACUACCAGCGCUGGAUGGGAUUCAAUGACUGUAUCAGGUCAUGUCGCAGUUACCCACGGUACCGUGGAGGCUCCUACAGAAUGAGGAUUUACGAGAGGCCUGACUUUGGAGGACAGAUAAUAGAAUUCACAGAUGACUGUCCAUCUGUCUACGAUCGUUUCCGUUACCGUGACAUCCACUCCUGCCAUGUGAUGGACGGUUACUGGAUCUUCUAUGAACAUCCCAGCUACAGAGGGCGGCAGUACUUCCUGAGACCUGGUGAAUACAGGAGAUACACUGUCUGGGGAGGCGGCGGCUCAACUGUUGGAUCUUUCAGGCGCAUGAGGGAUUUCUAGGUUGCUGUUAACAAAAGUAUUUCAAUU